AUGAAUGUUAGUAACAGCAAACAAGAUCAACUGUUCAGCGAUACUCCAUCAGAAAGCUCUCUAAACAAUCCUAUUUCAGAUGUAAUAAAUACUGAAAAUACAUGUUCAACAUACCUGAAAUCAUCAUCGCCAACAUUAUUUCCAGUGCAUGCAUUCAACACUUUAAAUUCUUUGUUAUCGCGACCACAUUGGCAAGUACCUGUUCUACCAGAUUCACAAUUGGAAACUGUACUAUUGGCAUCAAUCAAUAUGGCUAAACAUGGUGAAGAUAUUCACUCACAAGAUUGUUUACGAUUUUAUUCAGAUGGUUUAAUUAGUUCUUUUCAGAAAAUAUUUCAUAAUGAUGCAGUUACUCGCUGGGACUCACAUAUCUUACAUUUUAUUUACGCCAACUCUUUACUGGGUAUUGAACUGUGUUCCAUAAAAGCAAAAUCUGAUUGCCUAGCAAUAUUAGAAUUGGAAAGUAUCCUAUUCGAUCCUAAUUCACAGUUUCACACACGUAGUAUGAUUUCCACUAGUGUAACACACGAAAUUCGUUAUGGUGUUCAUAGAAAUGUUGUAUGUCGAUUUGAAGAUAUUAUUAAAUUAUUGCCACAUAUAUCAAUGUCAAACGAAAACGACAGUACGUGUCAGCAACAACCAGGACAAAUAGAAGAAGAUAGUAAUCCCUUGGAGAAUAAUGAUCCUCUGACACUAUACAAUACUGUUCAAAUAAAGGAAUAUUCUAUUUCUUAUGCAAAUUAUAAGGAUGCACCUAUUCUAGUGGAUUUUAUUAAUCUGUUUGGACGAUUCAGUGGAUUCGAUCGAUUGAAAGCACGUUUCCUUGAGUUAAAUAACAAGUACCACUGGGAUCAGCAACAAAGAGAUAUGUUACAACAGCAGCUACAACAACAAUCAAGUGAUCAGACAGAAUUCUUAUCACUUGGUCUAAUACAUGCUUAUCUACAUCCUUUUGCUUUAUGUUCAAAUUAUUUAAGUGACUCAGUAGUUGAAGAAUAUUUCAAACCAAUAGUGACUAUUAUUGUCAAUUAUUUGUCUCAUUUAACUGAUGAUCAAAUUAAACGUGAAACUAAAAAGGAACUGCGUAAAGAUGAUUUCAUCACUAGUUUGAAACUGUCUUUAUGUACAUUAAUAAAACGUAUUCCAUCAUCAACAGAAGAUGAUAUUGAGACAAUUGAAUUACUCAGUCUUAAUUUAAUCUAUCGUUUCUUUCAGCUAUCUUCUUUCAAUGGGAAAAUGAACACACUGAACGAAUUAAUUCGUCUAUUACCUAAUACUAAUUCAUUACGGGUUGGUCAGUGGAUUACAGAUAUUAAGUUAUUAAAAUUAUUACUUCGUGAAAAUUUGCAUCAAUUACAAUAUGUGGAAAAAGUUGAAGAGAUAAUACGUUUUAUGAUUAGAAAAUUAUUAUUAACAUCAGAUGAUUUAGAUAUUAUAUGGGAAUCACAAAUUGGUAAACAUGAAACUAUCAUUAAAAAUAUAUUCAAUAUGUUAACUCGUUUAGCAUUGGAAUUUUCAAUGAAUCAAUUAAAUUAUUUAUUUAAUUGUUUUCAGCAAAGUUGGAAAAAAGCAACAAAACGUCAACGUGAACGUUUGGUUGAUUUGAUCACAAUGUUAGCUGAACAAGAUACAGAUGGUAUGAUGAUGCAAAAAACAUUAGAUCUUCUAUGGGAUUGGGCUGUUAGUUUGAAAUUUUCUACUGAUUUAAUGAAUGCUUCACUUAAAUCACAUGCAAAAAUUCUUAGUUGUAAUAAUAAGCCAUUCGUAUGUCAACUUCGGAGUGUUUGGCUUGGGAAGCUUGCAAGUUAUUUGAAAAUUGAACCAAAGAGCGAUGAAUGUUGUUUAUUACCUGCUGCAAAACAAUUCAUUGAAAUUGCCAACCUUUAUAACACGGGUUCAUCAAAUGAAAAUACUUUAAUUCAAAGUAUAAAUCAACGACAUAAUGUUUUAAAAGCAGCUGUAGAUUGUAUCAUACAAACAAUGUGGUCAGUACAUGAAGAACGUUUAAACGUAAUAAUAAAAAAUCAAUCUAUUUCAUCCAAAUCUCCAAUUUCAAUGAAUCCAACGAAAAAUUUAAAUUCUAAUCUACAAUUAAUUGAAGUUAAAGAAUUAUUAAAACUUUUACGUUAUCUUAUAUUUCAAUGCCAUUUAUUAUGUACAGUAGAUUUAUUACAAGCAAUUUGGGAUUCAUUAUUGAAGCCAACAUUUCAACCAGAUUUUAUUGUAAACAAUUAUAUUUUAUUAAAAUUUCAAAAUCAAAUUGUAUUAUCAAAUGAUUGUGAUUUAUGCUUUAAAUGGUUUACAUUAUUUUUUAAUAAUUCCACAUGGUUAAAAUGUCGUGAUUUUAUUUGGGAUAAUUAUUCAACAUUAAAUCCAAAAUUAAUGACAAAUGCUGGUGUAGAAUUUGUUGUUCAAUUAUUUUGUCGUAUCAAUUCGGAUAAUACAUGUAUUAUUAGUGAAUUGAAUGGAUUCAAUACAAUUAAAUUAUUAUCAAUGACAUCAUCAUUAGCAACAGCAACAUCAACAAUUAUUCCUAAUAAAACAGAUUAUACAUUUACUACACUUAAUAGUAAUUAUUCUACUGUAACUAAGACUAUGACUACUAUGAAUACUACUAAAACCAUGACAACUACUACUACUAAUUCAACAAGUAUUAAAUUCAUGAAUUUAAAACAAUUAUGGAAUUUUAUUUUAUAUUCAAAUAAAAUAGUUUAUCAAAAAAUAUGCAAAUUAUUAUUACAAUUAUAUACUAAUUAUAGUUCUACUAUAAAUUUAAAUAAACGUAAAGAAUUAUGCUUUAAUAUUAUGAAAUUAUGUUAUACAUAUAUUAAAACAGAAUAUAAUGAGUUAAUUUCUUCUAUCGAAAAACAAACAAACUAUGAAACAACAUUUUCAUCAAAACUAUCACCGUCAUCAUCAUCACCUACCUCAUUAUCAUGUGAUCCUGAAAUAAAAUCAGCUACAUUCAGACGUAUAUCAAGAAUUUUAAAAUUAUUGAAACGAUUUACAGUUAGAAUGAAUUUAGAAAUGUUUAUUAAUGAUGCAAGUGAUGAUUGUAUUCCAUUGAAACGUUCAUGGAUUGGUUCGUCAUUUUUCUUAACAGUCACUUGUCAAGGUUUACCAAUUUUAUUUCCUACCAAUAGUAAUAACAACAAUAUUAGUGCUGAUGAUGAUAUUGUUGAUAACAAUAAACAAAUUUAUCUAUCUGAUGGUAAGACAGUUACGAUUACACUCAUUGUACAUGGAAAUCUGACUUUUGGUGAAUUACGUGCUUAUCUUUUAAAUUUUUGUCUACAUGGUUUCACAUCAAAUAACAAUUUCAAUGAUAACGGUAGUAAUGGUGGUGUUAGAGGUACCAGUGGUGGUAGUAGCAGUAGUAGUAGUGGUAUUCAAUGUCAAGAUAAUAAUAUUCCACAUUCAAUGACAAAUUCAAUGUAUCAGUUAGAAUUACGUAUAAUAAAUGUGGAACAGACAAAUUCAAAUGAUUGUAUAUUACAUCAUAAUAUUGAUAAUGAGUUGCUGGUGAAUUUAUUUUUGUUCUUUCCAAAUUGGACUAAGAAUUUCCUGGACAAUCGUGAUCAUAUAAAUAAUGAUAUUCCAUUUGUUCAUCUGGAAUUGUCCGCAAAAUUAAUGUUUACCAAUAACGAAUUAUCAUCGUCCACUACUGAAUCAUCAACUACAACACCUGGCUCUUUUCAAUUUUCUUAUAAUCUUAAAGUGUUUGAUAAUAUGGAAGUCAGUGCAACACAACAAAGUAGUAGCGAUAUUGCCCUAGGCCAUCUUAAUACUAUUGACAAUACUACUGCUACUGCCACUAUAAGUAACAAUAAUAAUAAUUUUCUGGAAGACGAUGAUCACUUACUGCCAUCAGAAUUAAAAAUAUUCGAUUCAAUAAUUGAUCGAAAUCUUGAACAAGAACAACUUGCAAAUAAUAAUAAUAGUGAUAAUAAUGAUAGUAAAUGUGAUAGUUUAUUGAUAGAUAGUAAAUUGAAGAUAGACGACUCUGAUGUACUGAAAUGCAAUCAACAAUCGGAUGUUGAUCGUGAAGGCGAAUUCAUUUUAAAUACUGAUCAACGUAUUGAAUUCUUAUUAAAUUUGAGCAGGAUUGCAUUAGCUUUAAACCAUUCCAAUAUAAUUCAUAGUAUUAUGCAACUACUCAAUUGUAUGCCAUUGCAUAAAAAAUUAAUUAAAUUUAUUAAAGAUAAUUUAAUCCAGUUAGUUGAUAAGAAAAUUAUUGAACGUUGCAAUGAACCUAUCUUAUCACAAACAUGGUUUCAUCAUUUACUUACAAAAUCAAAUGUAUCAACUGGAGUAUUUAAUUUAUUCAAUAAUAAACAAAUCAAUUUGGAGAAUACACCGAAUUACAUUGAAUUAUUGUAUACACUACAAGUUUUGUAUUGUUUAAUGAUGCCUAGUUGUUUAGUGAAACAUUAUCAUUUUAAUAAACUGAAUGGAGAUCAUAGUCAAUUUUAUAAUCCAUGUAAUAGUAGUAAUAAUAUGUAUAAUUGUCAACGUUUUUUUCCUCUUAAUACUACUACUACUAAUAAUAAUGGUAAUAUCAGUAGUAACACUAUGCCAAGGACAAUAGAUUUUACUACAAACGUUUUGUUUAAUCAAAUUCCAGAUUGGUCAGAUGCUAUAACUAUAACCCUGCUUCUACUUCGUGGUGGUGCCUUAAACCUACUUCUUUCGUCUCCACUUUUAGUAUCCUCCUUCACUCCUACAUCAUCACUAAAUCAUAAAAUUAUUAACUAUGAGAAGAAUGAAAGAAAACGUCCUUCAUCCCAUGAUCAUUUACUCGAUUCCCGUUCUUCUUCUCUCUCGCUUUCAUCUUUUGUUAGUAUUGUUAAUAAAAAUGAUGACAAUCAGAUUAUUUUCUAUGACACAACAGUUCAUUGGAAACUACUCUAUCACAUACGUCUAUGGCUGUUAAGAAUAAUUCGUGUAUUACUUAUUAGUACAGCUAAUACACUAGUAUUGUAUAACCUAGAUUCAAUAUCAGAUUAUAUGUGUAAUGUAUUCAAAAAGUCAUCAUUUCAUCAGUUAUUAAUUUCUCUGUCAGUCGCUGUGAAAGAUCCUCGUUCCUGUCGGAAUGAUUUUUCAUUUACUAAUUCUUUACAACAAAAUCCACUAUCAUUGGUUCAGUCGGUAUCAGAUAGUACUAGUACUACCACUACUGCAGCGAAGGUGAUAACAGAAAGAAAUACUGCUGGAAAUCUUGAUGCUACUGCUGAUAGUGAUGGUGAUGUUGUUGAUAAUUCCGAGCAUAAUAUUGAAUAUAUUUGUAAAUUACUACUUCAUACUUAUAAAUUAACUAGUAGUACAAAUCAUCCUGUACUAGGUGGAGAUUAUUUUCUACUUUUACACGCUUUACACGUUGCACAGUUGACGAUUGUAUCUAAUAUAUCCAUAAAUGAAGUGAAAAGUUACUGGUUUAAAAGUAGUAUAAAUAAUACUUUUGGAAAUCUAUUCUUAACUGGAUGGCAAACAAGAUAUGGUUGUGAAAAUUCAAUGGAAUAUUUAAAAGAUUUUAGUAUGAAACCUAAUCGUAUUGAUAAACUUUAUUCAUGUACAGGUAUAAAUAAUGUACAAGAGAAUAAUUCAUUAGAAGAUGAAAUGGCUUCACUGAAAAAUGAUCUGUCAGUUGAAUCCUCUCAACUUGUAUUAACUGAAAAUAAAUUUCAAGAUAUCAAUGAAGAUAUUCUUCCUGUUAAUGAUACCGAACAAACAGUUACUAAUAAUCUGUCCAAUUCAACUCGUUUAUCUUCAUCGGCAAUAUCUUUAUUAUCGUGUGAAUCUACAUUGUCAUCAGCUUCCUCAUCGUCAACAUUAUCUUCUGUUCACCAGUUACACUCAUUAUCAUCGUCAAGUUCUUCAUCUAAUAAUGAGAAUAUUAGUGGUGGCAGUAAUAAUAGUCGUAGUAGUCAUAGUAGUAGUAGUAGUAGUAGUAGUAGUAGUAGUAGUAAUAAUAGUAGUAGAAGUUGUAGUGGUAGUAGUAAUAAUAGUGAUUCCAACGAUAUUGAAGAUAGAAAUUUGUCAAAAUUAUUAUAUUCUAACUUUCAUGAACAAUGCUUUAAUUCUUUUCGAAGUGGUGAAACUCAAGGUUCUGUAAUCAUAGAAGCAUUAAACUGUAUUCCAUGGUAUCAAUGUCUGUAUCCACAGAGUGAAUUUCGUACAUUUUUAAAGUACCCUUUAUCAUAUAAAAUGUUAGUUUGUUUAUCACAGAAUCAUUCAACAGUAGAUAGUUAUCGUAGUUGUCGUGAUCGUCGUGGUAGCAAUCAUCGUAAACAUUCACGUCAAUGUCGUCGAUAUCCACCUCCUUCUAUUCUUCAGUCACAUUCUCAUCAAUAUGAUUACAGUUAUCAAUUAACUGGUGGAGAUAUGUUACAAGAUUUGUUAUUUUCUGACUCGUUAAUUAUUCGCAUAUCUACAAGAUAUUCUAUGCAUACUUUACUAACAUUUACUGCAACUGAGAACAGAAAUAAUGUCUAUUAUGCAUUGGAACAAAUGUUCAAUUGGUUACCUAAUUAUGUUCCAUCGAAAAUAACACAAUCUGAUGAAUAUUUUAAUUUACUUGUUCAAAUCACUCCAUUUAUGAAUAAUCAUGAACAAUUUUUACAAAGUGCACAUCAAUGGCUUAGAGAUGAAAUUGUCUGGCUUCGAUUAAUGAUAACUGAUCGUCAAUUAGGAUCAUGUGAAACACCUAUUUCUUAUCCGUCUGUUGAUAUCACUCCACCGAUUUUCCACUGUGCUACAACUGCAGAAUCCACUGAUCAAUCAUCAUCACUAAACAAAGAAUGGAUAAGAUUCACUGCAGGCCUUAGACCAGAUACCAUUGUUCAUCAUUUUCAUGAUAUGUCUAUUGAGGAUAAAGAUUCCUUAAUUUGUGGACACUUGAGAAUUUGCAAAUCGUUAUAUCAAUGUUUUCUAGAUUCUACUAAUUCAUCGUUACAAUUGUUAGCGAGCGAAGACUAUACUGAUCAACUGUUUGACCAAAUGAAACAAAUAUCAGGACAGAUAAAAGACUUCCCAAUGAACAUUGUAAAUAGUGGUAAUAGAAACAAUAAUGAUAACGUUAAAUGCAUAAGUACUACAUCGGAAACUCUAAAUACUACUGAUCAACAAUAUAAUAACAAUACAUCGCAUUAUUUAAUAAAUCAAUUAUAUUUAGUUAAAGACUUAGUUGAAUUUUUAUUGUUUCCCGCUUCAAAACAAUAUAACGAAAUACGUAAGUCUACAAUAUGCUCACAAAUCAAUAAUCAACAUCACAUAGUGAAUUAUGACUAUAACAAUAUUAACGAUAACAUUAUUAAUCAUAAUUCUUAUUCUCCAUUAUCUACAUCACAUUUAUCAUGUUCAAGAAAAUUAAUGAAUUCAACUUUUGAUUUUCUUCUAUCCAUAACUAAAUGUAACUCAUUAAAUAGUCAAUUAUUAACAACUAUGCUGUACGAUUUGAUUUUUUCCACCAAUGCAAGACCUAUGAAUUUCAACUGGAAUUAUAAUUUUGGAUUAAAUUCUAAUAAUUCAACAUCAUUAUUAUCAUCAUCAAUAUUUUCUGAUCAUAUUGAUAAAAAUAAUUGGACUAAUAAUGAUUAUAGCAAUUAUAAUCGUAAUGAUAAUGAUAUAAGUAUUACACAUCGUUUUGUUGGUUUGAAAAAUGGUGGAGCUACAUGUUAUAUGAAUUCUAUUAUACAACAGUUGUUUACAUUGGAUCCAAUUCGUGAUUGUGUACUUAGUGCAAAUCCAGAAUCUCUACUGUUAGAUUAUAAGUUGUUGAUAGAUAAAGAAGCUUCGAAAGUGAUAAAUACUUCAACUGCACUUACAACUUUACCAAUCUCCAGUGAUGAUAUCGCUGACAAUAUUUGUCAACAAAGAUUAAAUGAGGAACUGAAAAAUAACACUGUAACAACAACAACAACAACAACAACAACUGAUGAUGGUCAAACAUCAAAAGAGUCAGAAUUUCAACCUUUAAGUAAAGAAAAAAUUCAUCAUCUAAAUGUGUUAUAUCAUAUGCAAACUAUUUUUGGACAUUUAGCUUAUAGUCGUGUUAAAUAUUAUGCACCAGUAGAAUUUUGGCGUCAUUUUAAAUUUCGUGCAGAAGCUGUACAUGUUGGAGAACAACAUGAUGCAUUGGAAUUCUUUCAAAUACUCGGUAAUGAUUUGGAUGAAGCUUUAGAAUUAUGUAAAUUGCCUAAAAUUGUUGAAGUUGUGUUAGGUGGUAAAUUUGCCGAUCAAAAGAUCUGUUUGGAUUGUCCACAUCGAUAUACAAGUUAUGAAUCAUUUACUACACUCAAUGUUGAUAUAUUAGAUCAUAGAAAUCUAAUUGAUUCAUUGGAACAAUAUGUAAAAGGUGAAUUAUUAGAAGGAGAUAAUGCAUAUCAUUGUAGAAUGUGCAAUAAAAAAAUACCAAUAUUAAAACGUAUGUGUAUUCAAAAAUUACCAUUAGUAUUAACUAUUCAAUUGAAACGUUUCGAUUAUGAUUGGGAACGGGGUGUAUCACUUAAAUUUAAUAAUUAUUGUGAAUUUCCACGUCAUUUGGAUAUGCUACCAUAUACUGUGCAAGGUUUAAAAGACUCUACAGAUUCAUCGUCCUGUAUAACUACUGAUGUCAUCAAUAACACCAAUGAUAAUAAUAAUACUGAUGAUAAUAAUCCAUGUACAAAAUAUAAUUUGCGCGGUGUAGUUGUUCAUAGUGGUCAAGCAUCAUCUGGACAUUAUUAUUCAUUUAUUCGACAUUAUCGACCUCGAACGAAAACAUUCAAAUGGUAUAAAUAUGAUGAUCAUAAUGUUAUCCCUGUUCGGUUAGAUAAAGAUGAAGAGGCUGUCGAUCAGUGGUUUGGUGGUGAAUGGAAAGUUCCACCUCAUGAUCUGUCAAAAUUCGCUCAUUUAAGAUCUGGUAAACGUUGGUGGAGUGCUUAUUUAUUAUUCUAUGAACGUGAAGAUUUCCAUGAACAAAUUAAAAACAUAUCAAUACCUAAAUUAGGUUCAAAUCCAAAACAAUCAAGAUUAACUAAACGUGUACAAGACAUUGUAAAUUGGCAGAAUAUUGAACAUUUACAUCAUCGUAUUCAAUUUGAUCCAUUGCUUCCAGAAUUUAUCUAUAAUUUAAUUAAUAAUAAUAUACAAUUGUGUAUGACUAAUUCCAGUGCCUAUCAAAAUUUAGGAUUUAUUACUGUAGAACUAUUACUUCAUUUUAUUUAUCUACGUUAUCAUGUGGUCAUAUCAAAUUGGAAAUCUUGGCUACUUUUAUUCAUCAAAUUGAUUUCAAUUAGUGCGCCAAUAAGAUGUGAAUUAAUUAAAACAAUGUUCCUAGCAUCACCGGAUCAAAUUAGAUUUUUACAAUUCCAUUGUCCUUAUCCUGAAAUGCGAUUUUUCAGUGCCGCUCUAAUCAUUUAUAUCUGUCAUUUAUGUAUGAAUGAUCCAUCUGUACAGUGUGAAGAUAUUCUACAUUCUUUUAUUUCAUUGGUUAAUAGUUCUAACACUAUUACUAAUACUACUGAAAGCAGUGACAAUAAUAAUAGUAAUUGUUGUUCUAGUGUAUGUAAUACAAGGUCUACAUCAACCAACACUACUAAUGCGACCACUUCUCCAAAUAUUGAAGUCACUGCCAUUACCAUAAAAACAACUACUGCUGCUGCUACUACUACCGCCAGUGUCUUGUCUUAUUUAUUAAGGUCUACAUUGAAUGAAACAAAAUCACCAAAACGUUCUUCCUGUUCUUUACAAAAUGAUUCCAACGAUAGUGAUGGUAAUAAUAAUUUAUAUAAUCAGAUGAUUAAUCCAGGAGAAUGUUUAAUACAAUUGAUAGUACAUCAGUUGCAUUUCUCUCCAAAUACAUUAGCACUAUCACCAAAUAAAUCUUUCCAGGAACAACAACCAAAUUAUCAUCAACCCUAUUCUACAAUUCGAUCAGGAAAUCCUUCAUCAUCUUCAUUUCCUAUGAAUGCUGCGGUUACAUCGACACUUCAAUCUAUUAUGCCAGUACCAUCAACAUCAUCAUCGACUACGUUAUACCCAUCUGCUAUUAUUAAUAAUAAUCGUUCUACAUCAUUACCAUCAUCAUCAUCAUUAUCAACUAUAAUGUUGUUAUUUGUUAAACUACAUGUCCCGGAAAUUUUAAUCAAUUAUAUGCUGUCCUAUGAAGUUAUGUUGAAAACUGUUGGAACUUCACCAUCAGGAACAACAACAUCAAUACCGUAUACUCUUUCAUCUUCCCUUCCCGGUUGGAACCAAGAAUCGCGUAAUUACGAUUGUAUACAAAGAUCUAUCAAACGUUUAUACAACGAAUUAUCUAUAGAAAUUCAGUCACUCAGCUGUGCAAAUUUGCGGCUUUCAUCGUGUUUAGAUACUUUAGUCUAUGCACUUCUAACUAAUUCAACAGUUUCAACUACAGCAUCGAAUUCAAAUUUUGAUUUUUACAGUCAUUAUAAAUAUGACUAUAAUGAUACAGUUAUCAAUGAACAGAAUAAUUUAACCACAAUUACAAAAACCGAAGACCAAGUCUCACAUAAAUUAAACAAAACAGAGAAAUGUUGUGAACCGCAUGGAACUUGUCCAAUAAUUUCAGAAUCAUUUUUAACUGAUACACAAGCUAAGUCAGUAUCUACCAAUCAGCACAAUCCUUAUUGUGUAACAUCUACUCCAUUGGUCACUCUUUCUAAUUCUUUAAUUCAAUUAUUUUUUUCCAACCAAUCAGAACGUAUUGUUAAACGUUUCACAGGGUCACUCCUUAAUCCAAUCACAUUUAAGCCUAUUUCGGAUAUUCUAUUGUUCCUCUCUUAUGAAAAUAUGAAUUUUUCAGAUCUUAUUCUCAGGGAAUUAGUUUAUUCCAUUUUGCAUCCAUGUGAUUUAGACAGCAUAUUAAAAUUGUUAGAACGUCUGUUACAGGUGUCAGAUUCAUUAAAAUCUGUACGUAUACGUCUUCUGUUUAGCUAUUCCAAUGAUGUUGAUUUAUUCAAACUAUUAAAUUCCAAUUUUAUUUAUGAAACAAAUACUGCUGCAUAUCAAGUAUUUUAUUUAUUCCUUAAUUUACUAUUCACGGAUCCGGAUGUUAUCACUUAUUUAUCCAACGAAAUCUAUUUGGUUAAAGUAUUAAGUGAGCUUACUGCAUCAGCUUUGGAUAGUUUGAAAUUAGACACAUCGGAUAAUUGGCUUGAUGAUAAAGAAAAAACAAUAGAAGCAUUGGAACAAGCUGGACGAAUUUUAAUGAAUUUGAUCCCUUCAAUUGUGACGCUUCCAAACGAUAUGAUUGGUGUGAUUGAAAAUGAUAGUGUACAAGAUGAUGACGGUGAUCUUGAUGAUGAUGAUAAUGCUAACAGUGAUGAGAAACAAAUCACCAUUGUUAACAAAAAUAACAACGAAACUCAAUAUGAUAAUCGAUUUUCAAGUUGGGGAAAAAGUGAAGAGAAUGAUGAUGCUGAUGUUGAGGAGGAAGAGGACGACAAUGAUGAUUAUGGUGCUGAUGAUGAUGAAGGAGAAGAAAUAGAUGAGAGAAAUGACCAUUUGAUUACAUCACUAUGUCGUAUCACCUCUUCAUCUCUGUCAACAUCUGAUGAUCCUGAGCUGGAUCAUUUACCUUCAAAUCAUGAAUAUAUGAUUAGUCGUAAUACAACAAGGACUAGUACUAGUACAAUAGUUGAUGGCAGUCUAGAUAUUUUUAAUCAUACAUGUAUCACUGCCGGUCCACCGGCCACUACUACUUAUACUACUAUUACUACUGCGAGUAGUAAUAAUAAUAACAAUAGUAAUGUUAAUAACAGUAGACAAAUAUACGGACAAUUAUUAUCAUGUGGUACAUUGCCUGGGGAAAUAGUAUCUCAAAAACAACAUGAAGAAAGUCACUUUAACAGUUCUAACGAUAACAAUCAUAAAUUGAAUGAUAACAAAGAGUAAUAAUAAAUAA